AUGUUUCAGCAGCUCGGUACCAACAAGAAAUGUUUCAGCAUCGAGGCUCUGGUCGGGAAGGACCACGCCGGUUCCGAGGAGCCCAUCCGGCCCACGGCGCUCCGCUUCCCCGAGGCCGUGCACCCCGCUGCCGCCGCCGCUCAUGCGGGGCUGCUGCGGGGCUCCUGCGGCCGGACUCUGUACGCGAGCGGACCGAACCCGCUGCUCCGGGAGCCCGGCACGCACGCGCCCGGUCCCGGUGCGCUUCACAUGCACGCGCUGCACGUGGGCCCGCAGAACCUGUUUGUUCGGCCACAUCAAAGCCCGCACGGCCUUUUCCCGCCAUGGAUUCUACGGAACCGGUACUUCCAAGGUGACGACGGUGGCGCCGACAACCUGCUGCUGCACGCGCCGUUCUCCAGGAAACCCAAACGCAUUCGCACGGCCUUCUCGCCCUCGCAGCUGCUGCGUCUGGAGCGAGCCUUCGAGAAGAACCACUACGUGGUCGGCGCCGAGAGGAAGCAGCUGGCCGGCGGACUCUGCCUGACCGAGACGCAGGUAAAGGUUUGGUUCCAGAACCGCAGAACCAAACACAAACGUCAAAAGUUGGAGGAGGAGUCACCUGAGGCGCAGCACAAGAGGUCAAAGGCCAGCCAGCACGUUAGCCGAUGGCGAGUGGCCACGCAGCAGACGCCGGGCGAAGAUAUCGACGUCAUCAGCGACGACUAGACUGACGCACGCAUACAAACACACACACACACACACACACACACACACACACACACACACACACACACACACACACAGACCAGUGAUUAGGAACAAUACAGCAGCAAUACGCUGGUAAAGCGCUAACGUGGCUAAUGCUAACAUACAUAAAACAAAUGUAUAUUUUAAUGUUUUUUUUAUCUAAAAUUCGAAAUUGGCAAGCAAAUGUGAACACACACUUUGUAGCCGGUCUGUUGCGCAAUCAAGUCACAUGACACACACACACGCGCACACACACACACCGCAGAACUUCCAUGAAGUGAACGUUAAGCAAAGUUUGUUGCGAAAAAGUAAAACAUUAUUUUUUGUAUGUGGAAAAAAAAUGUUGUAAAGUUUAAAAAGUGCCAAGAAAAUAAUAAUAAUAAUAAUAAUAAUAAUAAUAAUAAAGUGAAUUUAGUAUGAAACAUUUUCUAUUGGAGCAAUAACUGAAGGCAUAAAUCCAUGAAUUUAUCAGUCAAUCAAUCACUGAUCAAUGCUUUUUUUGCUUAUUUAUGUAAAAAAAAGUAUUCUAUGCAUCUUUAUUACUAUUCUUUCUUUCUUUGUUUUGCUCCUCUUGUCAUCUGACGUAGCUCCUCCCCCAUAGGUCACGUGUUCUUUUCCCUCCCAGGGGGCGGAGUCAACGUUGUACUUCCCGUGUUUUUCCAUUUGAAAAUAAAUAAAAAAGCAGUU